UCCGCCAGGGAAUUGGUGUUGUGAAGAGCCAUCCAGCUUUUAAUCCUCCUUCCCUUGGGAAUACAAACCUUUCUAAUCAUGUCACCAGCCAUGUGGAAAUGGACUUGCCUGCUUUCUCACCUCCUGCUAUCCACCACAGUGUCACCUCUAAGCAGGCAGCAGCCACUUCAUCCAAAGAGACCUUUCCUCACUUUCACUGGAGACCGAGCAGAAGGAAACUUCAACCACUUGGUGGUGGAUGAAAGAACUGGGCACAUUUACUUGGGAGCUGUCAACAGGAUCUACAAACUCUCCAGUGACCUCAAGGUCCUGGUGACCCACCAGACUGGUCCGGAUGAAGAUAAUCCCAAGUGUUAUCCUCCCAGGAUAGUCCAAACCUGCAACGAACCCUUGACACCCACUAACAACAUAAACAAAAUGCUCCUUAUAGACUAUAAAGAGAAUAGAUUGAUAGCUUGUGGGAGUCUUUACCAGGGCAUCUGCAAGCUUUUGAGGCUGGAUGACCUCUUCAAGUUGGGAGAGCCCUUUCACAAGAAGGAGCAUUAUCUCUCUGGGGUGAAUGAGAGUGGCUCUGUUUUUGGAGUCAUUGUUUCUUACAGCAACAUGGAUGACAAGUUGUUCAUUGCCACUGCUGUGGAUGGCAAACCUGAGUAUUUCCCCACCAUUUCCAGCAGAAAGCUCACCAAGAACUCCGAGGCAGAUGGAAUGUUUGCAUAUGUCUUUCACGACGAGUUCGUGGCCUCUAUGAUCAAGAUCCCCUCGGACACCUUUACCAUCAUCCCUGACUUUGAUAUCUACUACAUCUACGGCUUCAGCAGUGGUAACUUUGUCUAUUUCCUGACUCUACAGCCUGAGAUGAUCUCACCACCUGGCUCCACCACGAAGGAGCAAGUUUAUACCUCCAAGCUGGUCAGGCUUUGCAAGGAGGACACAGCCUUUAACUCCUAUGUUGAGGUGCCCAUUGGCUGUGAGAAAAAUGGGGUGGAGUACAGAUUGCUCCAGGCUGCCUACUUAUCUAAGGCUGGAGCCAUCUUAGCAAGGUCUUUGGAUGUUGGUCCUGAGGAUGAUAUCCUCUUCACGGUCUUCUCCAAGGGGCAGAAAAGGAAGAUGAAGUCCUUGGAUGAGUCUGCCCUUUGCAUCUUUGUCCUGAAAAAGAUCAACGAUCGCAUCAAGGACAGAUUGCAGUCCUGCUACAGGGGAGAGGGGACUUUGGAUUUGGCUUGGCUUAAAGUCAAGGACAUUCCCUGUAGCAGUGCGCUGUUAACAAUUGAUGACAAUUUCUGUGGCCUGGAUAUGAAUGCCCCCUUGGGAGUAUCAUCCAUGGUGCGAGGGCUUCCCAUUUUCACUGAGGAUGGGGACAGAAUGACAUCUGUGAUUGCCUACGUCUACAAGAACCACUCCCUGGCUUUUGUGGGCACCAAAAGUGGGAAGCUCAAGAAGAUCCGUGUGGAUGGUACCACCAAGAACACACUGGAAUAUGAGAUUGUACAGGUGGUGGAUACUGGCCCCAUACUCCGGGAUAUGGCCUUCUCAGUGGACCAUGAACACCUCUACAUCAUGUCUGAGAAACAGCUCACUCGGGUGCCCGUGGAGUCGUGCAGCCAGUACGAGACCUGCAGCGAAUGCUUGGGCUCUGGGGACCCUCACUGUGGAUGGUGUGUUCUUCACAACAUGUGCACGAGGAAGGAGAGAUGCGAGCGCUCCAGCGAGCCCCGGAGAUUUGCCUCGGAGAUGAAGCAGUGUGUCCGUCUGACUGUGCAUCCCAACAACAUCUCUGUCUCCCAGUACAACGUGUUGCUGGUCCUGGAGACCUACAAUGUCCCAGAGCUGUCAGCAGGAGUCAAUUGCACCUUUGAAGACCUCUCAGAGAUGGAUGGUUUGGUGGUGGGCAGUCAGAUCCAGUGCAUCUCCCCAGCUGCUAAAGAGGUUCCCCAGAUCAUCACAGAGAACGGAGACCAUCAUAUUGUCCAACUGCAGCUCAAAUCCAAGGAAACGGGUAUGACCUUUGCCAGCACCAGCUUCGUCUUCUACAACUGCAGUGUCCACAACUCGUGUCUAUCAUGUGUGGAGAGCCCCUACAGGUGUCACUGGUGCAAGUACCGCCACGUCUGCACUCACGACCCCAGCUCCUGCUCCUUCCAGGAGGGACGAGUCAAGCUACCCGAGGACUGUCCCCAGCUGCUGCAGGCAGAGAAGAUCCUGGUGCCAGUGGAAGUGAUCAAACCCAUCACUCUGAAGGCCAAGAACCUGCCCCAACCACAAUCAGGCCAGAGAGGCUACGAGUGCAUCUUGAACAUCCAGGGCAACGAGCAGAGGGUCCCUGCCUUGAGGUUCAACAGCUCCAGUGUGCAGUGCCAGAACACUUCGUAUUCAUACGAAGGGAUGGAGAUUAACAGCCUGCCAGUGGAGCUGACAGUCGUGUGGAACGGGAAUUUCAACAUUGACAACCCAGCCCAGAACAAAGUUCACCUCUACAAGUGUGGGGCCAUGAGAGACAGCUGUGGACUCUGCCUGAAAGCUGACCCGGACUUUGAAUGUGGCUGGUGUGAGGGACAGAACCAGUGCACAUUGAAACAACACUGCCCAGCCCAGGACAGUCAGUGGUUGGAGUUGUCCAGCACCAAGGGCAAGUGCACCAACCCCAAGAUCACUGAUAUCAAUCCAGUGACAGGCCCUCGUGAAGGAGGGACCAAGGUGACCAUCCGUGGGGAGAACCUGGGGCUGGAGUUCAGAGAUAUUGCCUCUCAUGUCAAGGUGGCUGGAGUGGAAUGCAAACCACUGGUGGAAGGGUACAUCCCAGCAGAGCAGAUCGUGUGUGAGAUGGGGGAGGCCAAGCCCAGUCAACAUGCUGGAUUUGUGGAAAUCUGUGUGGCUGAGUGCAAACCAGAGUUCAUGGCCAGGUCUUCCCAGCUCUACUACUUUAUGACUUUGACCCUCUCUGAUCUCAAGCCGAAGCGGGGACCAGUGUCAGGUGGCACCCAGGUGACAAUAACAGGCAACAAUCUCAAUGCUGGCAGCAAUGUCAUUGUGACCUUUGGGAGACAACCCUGCCUCUUCUACAGGAGAUCCACCAAGCACAUUGUCUGUAACACUACUGCUUCAGAUGAAGGCUUUGAGAAGGUGAAGGUGUCUGUAAGAGUGGACAAGGCUAAAAUACAUCAGGAGUUGCAGUAUGAGUAUGUAGAAGAUCCAACCAUCCUGAGGAUCGAGCCUGAGUGGAGCAUCUUCAGUGGCAACACACCCAUUGCAGUGUGGGGAACUCACCUAGACCUGAUCCAAAACCCUCAGAUCCGGGCAAAGCAUGGUGGAAAGGAGCACAUCAAUAACUGUGAGGUACAGAACAGCACAGAGAUGACCUGCCAGGCUCCAGCACUGGCUGUUGACCCCAAUCACCAGUCUGAGCUUGCUGAACGUCCAGAAGAAUUUGGCUUCAUUCUUGACAACGUGCAGUCCCUGCUCAUCCUCAACAAAACCAACUUCACCUACUACCCCAAUCCAAUCUUUGAGGUCUUCAAUCCCUCAGGAAUCCUGGAGCUGAAGCCGGGAAGUCCCAUUAUACUGAAGGGCAAGAAUUUGAUCCCACCAGUGGCAGGAGGGAAUGCCAAGCUCAACUACACCGUGCUGGUUGGUGAGAAGCCCUGUGCAGUCACUGUGUCAGAUGUGCAGCUCCUCUGUGAGUCCCCAAACCUCAUUGGAAGGCACAAGGUGAUGGCUCGUGUUGGAGGGAUGGAGUUCUCCCCAGGGAUGGUCUACAUCUCUCCAGACAGCCCUCUCAGCUUGCCAGCCAUAGUCAGCAUUGCAGUGGCUGGGGGGCUGCUCAUCAUCUUCAUCGUGGCCGUGCUCAUCGCCUACAAGCGCAAAUCCCGGGAAAGCGACCUCACCCUCAAGCGCCUGCAGAUGCAGAUGGAUAACCUGGAAUCCAGGGUGGCCCUGGAGUGCAAAGAAGCCUUUGCAGAGCUACAGACAGAUAUUCAUGAGCUGACAAGUGAUCUGGAUGGAGCUGGGAUCCCUUUCCUUGAUUACAGAACCUACACCAUGAGGGUGCUAUUCCCAGGCAUUGAAGACCACCCAGUCCUCAGAGAUCUGGAGGUCCCUGGCUAUAGGCAGGAACGGGUGGAGAAAGGCCUGAAGCUCUUUGCCCAGCUCAUCAACAACAAAGUUUUCCUCCUGUCCUUCAUCCGCACCCUGGAGUCCCAGCGCAGCUUCUCCAUGCGGGACCGGGGCAACGUGGCCUCCCUGAUCAUGACAGUGCUGCAGAGCAAGCUGGAAUAUGCCACUGAUGUCCUCAAACAGCUCUUGGCUGACCUCAUAGACAAAAAUCUGGAGAGCAAGAACCACCCUAAGCUGCUGCUCCGCAGGACAGAGUCUGUGGCUGAGAAAAUGCUCACCAACUGGUUCACCUUCCUUCUCUACAAGUUCCUCAAGGAGUGUGCUGGUGAACCUCUGUUCUCCCUCUUCUGUGCCAUCAAGCAGCAGAUGGAAAAGGGUCCCAUUGACUCCAUCACUGGGGAGGCCAGGUACUCCCUGAGUGAGGACAAACUUAUCCGGCAACAGAUUGAUUACAAGACACUGGUCCUGAGCUGUGUGAACCCUGACAACGUGAACAGCCCCGAGAUCCCAGUGAAGAUCCUGAACUGUGACACCAUCACUCAGGUCAAGGAGAAAAUCCUCGAUGCCAUCUUCAAGAACGUGCCCUGCUCCCACCGGCCCAAAGCUGCUGACAUGGACUUGGAGUGGAGACAGGCAAGUGGAGCAAGGAUGAUCCUUCAGGAUGAGGACAUCACAACCAAGAUAGAGAACGACUGGAAGAGACUCAACACUCUGGCACACUAUCAGGUGCCAGAUGGAUCUGUGGUAGCUUUAGUGUCCAAGCAAGUCACUGCCUACAAUGCAGUCAACAACUCCACAGUGUCCCGGACAUCAGCCAGCAAGUAUGAAAAUAUGAUCCGUUACACGGGCAGCCCCGACAGCCUCCGGUCCCGCACACCCAUGAUCACCCCUGACCUGGAGAGUGGAGUCAAAAUGUGGCACUUGGUGAAGAACCAUGAGCAUGGUGACCAAAAAGAAGGUGACCGGGGCAGCAAGAUGGUUUCAGAGAUCUACCUGACAAGAUUACUUGCCACCAAGGUACAUGGGCACCUCCAGAAAUUUGUAGAUGACCUCUUUGAGACCAUUUUCAGCACUGCUCACCGUGGCAGUGCCCUUCCCCUGGCUAUCAAAUACAUGUUUGACUUUCUGGAUGAGCAGGCUGACAAACACAACAUCCAUGACCCCCACGUGAGGCACACCUGGAAGAGCAACUGCUUGCCUUUGAGGUUCUUUAACAUGAUCAAGAACCCACAGUUUGUCUUCGACAUCCACAAGAACAGCAUCACAGAUGCCUGCCUCUCUGUUGUGGCUCAGACUUUCAUGGACUCCUGUUCAACCUCAGAGCAUCGUCUGGGCAAAGAUUCACCUUCCAACAAGCUUCUCUAUGCCAAGGACAUCCCCAGCUACAAGAACUGGGUAGAAAGGUACUAUUCAGAUAUUGCCAAAAUGCCAGCAAUCAGUGACCAGGACAUGAACGCAUACUUGGCCGAGCAGUCCCGCAUGCACAUGAAUGAGUUCAACACCAUGAGUGCUCUUUCAGAGAUUUACUCCUACGUUGGAAAAUACAAUGAGGAGAUUCUCGGAGCCCUUGAUCAAGACGACCAGGCUGGGAAACAGAAACUUGCCUACAAACUUGAACAAGUCAUAACCCUCAUGAGCAUAGACAGCUGAGAACUGUCCUGCCAGGGACACCCUGGGAGGGAUAAACCAAGUCGUGCCUCACUCAAGAUCAUCAUCUUUACCAAGUGCAAGUUUUGAUCAGCUGUAAGCAGAGU